AUGUAUUUAUUUCCAGGCGAAAAGUUACAACAAGUUGUCAAAGGUUUUCUGGAGAGGGGUGGAAUACCUGAUUCUGUUUGUGAUCAUAACAUGACCUUCACCGAUGUGUUGGUUGGAUGGCUUGGUGGCGUGCAAGAUACAAGAGUAUUUAAUAACAGCAAUAUUGUUUCUCCUUACAGUUCAUUACUGACAUCAUAUAGGGAUACUGGAUCACUGACCAGUUGCCAGGAAAAAUACAACUAUAAACAUGCUGCAACCCCAAAUACAAAUGAAUGCAGCUUUGUCUUUCUAAAGGGAAGAUGGAGGAAACUACACUACAUGAACCUUCUUUCAAUCACAGAUAUUUGUGAAAUUAUAUUUGCAUGUUGUGUCUUUCAUAACUUUGUUAUGGUCAGGAUGCCGAUGAAACAAACCAAGGGUGUACCGUGA